CCUUUCGGUUUCAAAACAUCCAUGGGACAUAUUUGGCCUGCGCACCAUUGACCAUUGGAAAUCGACUACCUGCCUACAGCUCCUUGGCAUCUAUGGCGUCUUGUGCCUACAACGCUGCCUAAUUUGGAAAACUUUUACAAAGUCCUUAGAUAUUUUUUUACGGUCAACGAAUAUGUCUCAAGCUUACAUCGACAAACUGACACGCAUUUAUGAACGGUAUACUGAAUACGUAACCAAAAACCCUGCAGCUACUGCCCAACUGGAGAGCACGGUUCGGACACUCUCUUACCUUAUAGCAGGGCGAUUUGCAGAUUCCCACGAACUAUCUGAACUAGUGUAUUCAGCCUCCAACCUUCUAGUCUUGUUUAAUGACGGCAUACUGCGCAAGGGGUUAAGAUGCAAUCUCCCUGUGUCCCUCUCCCAACAGAGACUGCUCACGUGGCUGUCAGUCCUAGAGUAUGUGGAGGUUUUCCUGGAGAUGGGAGCUGCAAAGUUAUGGGGAGAAGCAGGCCGCUGGUUUGUGAUCGGUGUCAUUCAGAUUGCAAAGACAAUAUUCCGUAUCCUGCUUCUUCUAUGGUACAAGUCUGGCAUUCAGACUUCACCUCCCAUCAUCCCACUGGACAGAGAUGCAGAGUUUGGCGAUGCAGACGAGCAGCCGAAGGAGCAGCAGGACACGGGCUGCUUUGUAGGCCAGCGAUCAGGAAGGGUUGUACGGCCACUAGGGGGCGGCCCAUCUCUACACACUAGGCUGUGGGGUGCGCCCUCUCAGGACAAGAGGAGGAAUCUCAGGGAGGAGCUCAACAGCAGGCCAACCGACCUCGGCCUCCAAGAGACCAUCGCUGAGUCCAUGUACAUCAGCCGGCCUCUCAUACACUUACUCUGUCUUGGACUGUGUGGUAAACGGUCCUGGAAGCCCUGGCUCAUUUCUGGACUCCUAGAAGUUUCAAGCUUUAGUUUACUCAGUGAAACCAAGUUUCAGAAUCGAUGGGAAAGGGCCGAGACGAGGAAGAGAACGUUCCUGUUGCUGUACUACCUUCUUCGCUCACCCUUCUAUGAUAGAUACUCAGAGGCCAAGAUAAUUUUCCUGCUACGAUUUUUGGCUGAUCAUGUGCCCGGCGUAGGACUUGUAGCACGCCCGAUAAUGGAGUACCUACCCACCUGGCAGAAGAUCUACUUCUACAACUGGGGCUAAGUCCCAUUGUUGCACUCUACCACUUGAACUCGAGAGGAGGAAUACUGCAGCUUUAGACACAGUGGCCUUUUCUGAGUUUUUUUUAAUCAUUGAGGAUGAAUAUGUAAUUCAUGGGAAAUUAUCACCUUUUACAUUGCCCAAGGUGUAUGAUAGUCACUGAUCGCUUGUUAAUUGCUUCAAUUAGCAAGGGUCCAUCCCUUAUUUUAAAAGGGUGGUUUAGAUACAAA